GAGGCCUCCGAGAAGAAACUUUAUCUGGCUGGUGACUGCAUUGGCUGGUGGGUUUGGGGCCGCCUGCGUGUGGGCGUUCUGCGUACAGAGCUGCCCCCACGCGGCAGGCCCCAAGGGCAGGCCCACAGCGCGGGCUCCUAUGCACCCCAGAGCCCAGGGCGCGUAACCGGCCUCCGGCUCCCUCGGAGGCACCAUGGCUGGGUUUUACGGCUGCCUGAAGACUCAAGAUGAUCCAACAAUGGCUGAAUCACUAAGUGGAAUUUCUGGCAGUGUGGAAGUUCUGGAGGCCAGUGAUGAGGUUCCAGGAAAGAAGAAAUCCAAAUUUAAAGUCUUCAAGUGCUUUUUUGGCAAGAAGAAGAAAAAAGAGCCCGAAGAUGUCCAGGGAGGGAAGAGGCUCAAACCAAGCUUGUCCAGUGGCAAUAUUAACACCUCUUUCCUGAAGCCAGUUCCGGAAGGUCAACAAAUCAAGCCUGGGGCCAAGAGUAGCAUGGGGAACAAAGCCCUGUCCCAUGACAGCAUCAUCAUUUUGGAGCCUGAGCCUGAAGGAUCAGGAAGCAGAAUAUGCCCCUCUCCAGAGGUCCAGAGAGACAGACCUCUGCAGAUCCCACCACUGUGCCCAUGCCAACCCAGCAUCAGCCCACCUCUUAUUCAAUCUGACACAAUCUCUAAGGAUUUUGAAGAAAUGUCUGCUGCUGAUGAGUCACCUAAGGGCCCACAAAAGAAGGGUUCAUCACACAAGAUGUUGCCAUUGAAGAAGAGCACCUCACCUGGACGUGUUUGCUCACAGUCCUUGACCACAGUUGCCAUGCCCCCCUCUCCCACCAGCACCCAGGGGCCUGCUGGCUUCAGCACCCCAGCCACUACCCAGGGCUGUUUGGAAUCUUCAGCUGCUCGACACAAGAUGACUUUAAACCCCCGGAAACAAAAGAAGAGCUUUCAGGAGAAACCAAAGGAGGAGCCAAGCCUUCCACUGGCUUCUGAAGAAGAGACGAACACAACCAAACCAAAAGAAGCUGACCAAAAGAAGCCAAGAAAAGACAGCGCAGGUGCCUCAAGCCAGGAACAGGGCAACAAAACUGAGAUUUGUGAACAGAAGACAACAGAUCAGCCUGCAAACACAGAUGCUGCGGAGAAUCAGGGCUGCCUGUUUCCAGCAGCAUACAGAACACGACGUGGAAGAAGAGCGUCAAGUACUUCAGGUAUAGAUGUUGAAGCCAGAAAAGCAUCAACAUCACAGUCCCUGCCUGAAGACAUGGAAGAGUCCAUGGUUAGUGGUCUAUCACCACACCAUGAAGAUGGGGCUUCUGGAGCCAAGAAGACAGAAGCCAGAGCUGCUCUUUUACCCACGGUAGGAAGCCCUUCUACAAGCCAAGAUAUUUUCUCAGUGGCACUGGAGGAUCAGGUGUUUAUGGACUCUUCUCAUAGACAGUCAGAAGAGGUAGACGCUUCCAGCUUUGAUUUGAAAAGUGUCAAAUUUAAAAUGAAGUCGGCUCAAGAUACCUACAAAGAAAAGCCUCCUAGAAAUGUUCUCCAGGACUUUACAGCGAGCAUUUCAGGUACCGCGAGUGCUUUGGUGGAGGGAGGCACUUCUGUAGAGAGGCUGCCUCUCAGAAGCCUUUCCUUGUCCUCGGGGAAGCUGAAAGCCGAAGCCGUCACCUCAGAUUCAGAGAGUACUUCAGAGGCGGACAGUGGUUCUGAGCAGCAGCUGUCGCCUGGAUAUUCUUUCCAACCUUCGAAGAAGCACAGAAAUGAACAAGAAGUCUUCCCAGAAUCAGAAAGUUCAGCUGUGGAAGUGAGUGGUCCUGAGCGGCAACGGGCCCCUCAACAUUCUUCCCAGUCCUUGGGGAAGCACAAAGUGGAAGCCAUCUUCUCCGAUUCCAAGAGUGCUUCCGGAGAGGGGAGUGGCUCUGAGCAGCGGCAGGCUCCCGGGCGCUCUCUCCAGUUCUUGAGGAAGUCCAAAGAUGGCCAAGAAUCAGGUUUCGUUGUGCAAAUGAGAAGUUCUGAUGAGAAGCUGGCUCCCAGAUGUGCUUCCCAGGCUUUGGGGGAGCCCAAAGAUGAUGUUUCCACAGGAUCCAAUGGUUAUGUCGAAAAGUACAAGAGUGCUGAAGAUUGGAGCAGCUCCAAGGAAGAUCUGCCUCCCCAAACCCCUUGCCAGGCCUCGGGGAGGCCCAGAGUCCAAAAAGAAGUCUUCUCGGCUUCAAAGAACGUACCUGAAGUGUGGGGUGCUUCUGUGCAGCAGAGGCCUCCCAGGCACCCUUUGCAGUCCUGGGUGAGCCCUGCGUCUGAACAAGCCCCUGCAGGUGCAGAGAGCGCUGCCCUGGAGUGGGGCAUUGCCCUGGAGCCGCUGCCUCCCAGAGUGACUUCCAAGCGCCUGAUGAGGCAGAAAGUUGAGCAACCAGUCUCCUCAGGUCCAGAAAGGGCUACACUUGAAGGGAUCACUUCUUUGCAGCCGCCAUCUGCAAGACCUCCUUCUAAGCCCUCAGUGAAACUAAUCGCUGAGCAAGAAAUCUCCGCAGGCCCAGAGAGCGAGGCUGUUGAGGGGAGGAUUUCUAAGAAGCUGCUGCCUCCCAGACAUCCUUCCCAGCCCUUGGUGAGACCAGUAUUUGAGCGCCACGUCCCCUUGGGUGCGGCAAGGGCUGUGGUUGAGAAGAGCGUUUCUAUGGAGCCACUGCUUCCCAGACAUCUUUUUCAGGCCCUGAUGAGACCUGUCGCCCAGCAACAAGUCUCCGCAGGUCCAGAGAGUGCUGCGGCCGAGGGGAGCGUUUCUAGGGCGCAUCCGCCUUCUAAAGUUCUUGCCCAGCCCUGGAUUUACCCUAAAGCUGAACAAAAGGAAUUUACGCGUUUGGAGGGUGUUGCUAGGGAGAAGGUCAUUCCAGUGGAGACAUCGCUCCCGAAAUGUUCUCCCCAGUCUUUGACAAAUCCUCAAGCCCAGAAAAUCUUCUCCGAGAACCCUGCUGCUGAGGAGGGCGUGCUUGUGGAGCUGCUGCCUCCCGGAGGCCCUUCCCAGCCCUUGCUGAGGCCUCCGUUCCGGCCACAGACGGUUCCUCUGGACGCAGUGGGCGCUCCCGCAGAGGGCAGCAGUCCUGUGCAGCCCGCGCCUCCCAGGCACACCUUCCGGCAGCCCUGGGUGAUCCCUACGUCCGAGCAACAAGCUUCUGCAGGUCCAGAGAGCGCUGCCGUGGAGUGGGGUGUUUCCAUGGAGCCGCUGCCUCCCGGAGAGACUUCUCAGGCCCUGGUGAGACCACCAGUCAGAGAACCAAUCUCUGCAGGUCCAGAGAGUGUCGAGACGGAAGGCAGUGCUUCUACCAAGCUGCUGCCUCCCAAACAUUCCCGAUCCAUUGGGAGACAUAAAGUCCAGCAGAUGUUGUCAACUUUCGAGAGUGUUGCUGUUGUGGCAGGCAUUUCUGGGAGGUCACUGCCUGCCACAUAUCCUGCCCAGUUGGUAAAAAAGUCUAAAGUUCAGGAACUGCCCUCGCGCCUAGAGAGCACGGCUGUUGAAGAAGGCAUAGCUAAGCGUUCGGUGCUUCCCAAGCGUCCUUCCCAGCCAUUCGUGAGGUUUAUGGCCCAGCAGAUCUUUUCAGAGAGCCCUGCUCCUGAGGAGGGAAUCUCUGUGGAUCCUCUGUCUCCAAAUCAACCUUCCAAAUCUUCGUCGAGGCCUAAGGUUGAGCACCAAGUUUUCUCGGGCUGGGAGAGUACCGAUAUCGAGGGAGGCGUUUCUUUGAAGCAGCUGCCUGCGAAAACCCCUGCACAGGGCUUGUGGAGGCCUGAAGGCCUGCAAGUCUUCUCACAUUCAGAGAGUGCUCCUGUGAAGUGGAGCAGUUCUAAAGAGCAGCUGCCUCCCAGACACCUUGCCCAGGUGUUGGGGAAGCUUGUGUACCAGCAGGAAAUCUCCUCAGCUCCCAAGAGCUCUGCUGAAGAGUGGAGGAGUUCUGAAGAGCAGCUGCCUUGCAGAUGCCCUGGCCAAGCCAAAUAUGAGGCUGAAUUGCAGCCACAGAUUUUCUCAACAGGCCCAGUGAGUGCACCAGCGGAGGGGAGCCGUUCUGAGGAGCAUCUGCCUCCCAGACACCCUUUGUGGGCUCUCGCAGACCCUGAACAUCAGCAACCGGUUCAUUCAGGUCCCAUGAGUGCUGCUGCUGAGGGAACCAUUUUGGAGAGCGAUCCUAGCUGCUGGUCCUUACCGAGAGACUCAGCUUCUCCAAACAAAACCAAGAAACACAGGCGAAGCUCCAAACACCUCAUUAAGAACAUCCUGACUCCUGCUACCAAACCUGUGAAGUUCGCUGAUGCCCCUCCCUGGCAAACAUCCACUUCUAGGGGCACUUACUCUAAGAAGGAAGUUCUCGAGGGUGAUGAUCAAGAUAACAGCCAUUCAAGUUCAUCCACCAAAGGGGCCGAUGUUGAAAACCUUUUUGGAGUCCGACUGAGAAGAACCUCUUCCUCACAGAAGUGUAAAGCGAGGCAACAGAAGAAGCCCAAAUCUGAAAGCAUGGCCAAGAAACAACCUGCUUACAGGAUCCCAGGAAAAGCUCCUGGUCGACAGUCAGAUUAUGCCACCUCAGAGCCAGCUUGGAUAACCAUGGUAAAGCAGAGGCAGGGGAGUUUCCAGGCCAACAUUCCUGUGAAAGAGCCAGAAACCGAGAAUAGAGCUGGAGCCAAGGCUGAGACUAACGAACCUAGAUAUGGGAGAACUGGCCUUGCAAAUGAAAGCCAAGCAAGAAGCAUUUUCACUUCUGAUGUCAACAGACAGGUGAACAUAGCACUCAUGAAGUCACUGAAGUCUACCAAAGCAGUAGGAUUUGCAGAUGAGAUGAUAUUUCAAGGACCUUCUACGGAAAAAGAAACCAGAAGGUCUUCAACUCUCCCAGCCAUGCUACAACAGCAGGAUGAGCCCGUUGAGCCAGUCUGGUUCUCCCUGGCCAAGAAGAAAGCCAAAGCAUGGAGCCAUAUAGCAGAGACCAUGACAUAAACAACUCCUGGGCGGAGUUAUCAGCAUUUCGAAUGAUACUUGCCAAUAGCUGUAUUAAUGCCACGUAGUGAAUUAUUUACUGUAACCAUUUUUAUUAAGCAUCAGAGCCUUAAAGUGGGAAUUAAAGCUAAUAAUUAUUUGAAUGAAACAGACGCCAUGAAUGCCUAACCUUCAAUACAGUCACUGCCAGCAUCUGAAAACCCAGCAUUUCCUCUAUACAACUAUGUGAAAUGUUUGCACUGCUGUCGAAUUGAGCAAUCUUUAACCUUGGACAAUGUGCUUUAGAAGGGAGAAAGCUAAAACAUUUUGUUGGAGCAACUAAGAGGUGGUCAUUUCCCUUGAUCAAAUAAAUUCAUUCUAAUGGAAAUGUCCAGAUGAGUUGGUCCAAGGAUUGGCUUUUAGAUUUUACGAGCCUAGUUACAUGCUUCAGUUCUUUGGUUUCUGCUCCAAACUUUGCAAAGUCCCCUAAGAAGAGGUGGUAGAAGUGAUAAUUCUGGGUCUCCAAGAAAAACUUGGCACAGCCAGUCCCCCAAUCAGCCCACUGCCCUUUGAAACACCUUCUUUGCAUCCCUGAGGGCCCCCAGCACCUGCAGCUUGUACAGAGCUUUCUUUGCGCAGGUGCCCCAUGUCAGCCUGCCUCAAGUCUGGCAGCUGUGAGCACCUUCCUGCGAGGCAUAACAUUCCUCGGGGAUUAUCAUAGUCCUCUGGAUGGUUAGCUCAUCCGUGUUUGACCUUUUGCCCUAGUGUCACUGCGACCCUCGCUAGUUGCUCAGAAGUGGACUGCACUUCAUACAGAUCCUAUUUUCAAAGCACUUAAGACCCUGUUGAAAUUCAAAAUUCUGCAGAUGCCAAAAGCUGUGCUUUCAAUCAGGCAAAUGGGACGCCUUCCACGCAGGAAGUCUGGGGCCCCUGGAGAGCUGUCUUACACCCUGGCUCCAGCCUUAAGGUGGAAACCUGCGAGUAGCCCAGUUUCUUGACCGUUUCCCUCAGCUGCCUCAUGCAAAAAAAAAAGAAAAAUUCAGGGAGGCUGUACGGUACCAGAGCUAAUUUAAACCCUCGGUGCUUGGUUUUCCCGAUGACGGUAUAAUGUGAUAUCGUACAAUCAUAUGCUGGAUUUUGUGUUUUCUUUAUAAAACAUCUAUUUCUCCUGAUACUAUAUCUUUGCCUUUUGGAUAAUGCUAGGUUUUUGAUUGAUUGGUUGGGUUUGAUUUCCUUUGUAUUCCCAUAGUGAGCGGUUCAUUCAGCUAGAUGCUGUUUACCCAGGCAAUCCUGGUGGAUUAACUGUUAUACGCCCCUUCCUCCUUUGCUCAGGGUGGACCACUAUUAGGUUAUUCUUACUCUGAGAACGCUCCAUUAACAAUUUCUGUUUCACAGUUAACAACAAAAAUCUGUUUUAAGUAAAGAGGGUAAGUCUUUUUUUAAUGCCUAGAGGCACAUUUUGGCAAGUUUCCAGCUUCUUUUAGCGUUCUUGAUCUCUACUGUAUGCACAGCAAAUAAAGUCAAU